AUGUAUGUCAGAUGGGAUUUCUUGGAUAGCCAGGGGCCUCCCUUCCUUCUUCAACCAGUAACAACGAAAGCGAAAACAUUACGGGACAACUUAAGGCUCAUCAAUGCAUUGACAUACUUUCUUUCGAGUGAUUUGAACGUCACAUUUCUUCUUCUGGUCUCCUUUGCCGUCACUUUGAGUGGACAAGCAACCGCCCUUCUGCAGUACACGACGAGAAAGUAUCAUUGGUCUUAUAGCAAGAUAAAACACACGUCCUUGACAGUGUUAUUACAUAUUAUACAGCAGCACGAUAACGUUUUGAAACAGGCUACUAUUCUAUCUUCAGUCAACGGAGUUGUCGAACUUGCAGGAGUUCUCGUAAUUCUCCCCUCCAUGUCCCGCCUAUUGCUGAAGAGGAUGGGUGUGAACGCAACGAUCAAAGACCUUUGGCUAUCACGAGCCACAGCAUUAUGCUUCACCAUCGGACUGCUACUCAUGUCUCUUGCCCCAGAGCCAGCAAUUUUGAUUAUUGGUCUUGUGGUUGCCGCCCUCGGGACACCAGUUCAUCUCAUUGCGCGAAGCUUAGUUACCUCCCUUGUACUCCCUGAUCAAGUCAGCGUUCUAUAUACUGCAAUUGCAGUAGUUGAGUCUGUAGGAAUAUUGCUUGCUAAACCAUUUCUUGCCAACACGUUCCAAUGGGGUAUGAAAUUAGGAGACACAUGGUUGGGAUUACCCUUUCUUGCUGCUUCGGUGAUCUCCUUACUGGCAUUUCUUCUCAUCUGCGGAGUUGAUCUUUCUCGGAAACGCCAACCACCAUCGGCUCAGUCAGUUGGAAAUGUUGCGUUCUCUAUGAACGAGGACCAGAACGGUAUAGAUGGAUUACGGAAUGUCUGA